AAGUCUCCUCGUCGCCCCACACACACACACACUCUCUCUCUCUCUCUCUCCCCAAGUCCAGCUUCAUUAGCAUCCUAGAGCAGAGACAAUGGCUUCAGCGAGUGUGAUGGCUCUGGCUGUUGCACUUCUCAGUAUCACCCUGUCCACAACAUGGAUGGUUGAAGCAAGAAUACCAGGCAUCUACACCGAAGGGCCGUGGCAGAGCGCUCACGCCACCUUCUACGGCGGCGCCGACGCCUCCGGCACCAUGGGUGGAGCCUGUGGCUACGGCAACCUCUACAGCCAGGGCUAUGGCGUGAACACGGCCGCGCUGAGCACCGCACUGUUCAACAACGGGUUCAGCUGCGGCGCGUGCUUCGAGAUUAAGUGCGCCAACGACCCACAGUGGUGCCACUCGGGCAGCGCUUCCAUAUUCGUCACGGCCACCAACUUCUGCCCCCCGAACUAUGCGCUCCCCAACGACAAUGGCGGGUGGUGCAACCCUCCCCGCCCCCACUUUGACCUCGCCAUGCCCAUGUUCCUCAAGAUCGCUGAGUACCGCGCCGGGAUCGUCCCCGUCGCGUACCGCAGGGUGCCGUGCCGGAAGCAGGGCGGCAUCAGGUUCACGAUCAACGGCUUCCGGUACUUCAACCUGGUGCUGAUCUCCAACGUGGCGGGCGCGGGGGACAUCGUGAGGGCGAGCGUCAAGGGUGAGCGCACCGGCUGGAUGAGCAUGAGCCGCAACUGGGGCCAGAACUGGCAGUCCGACGCCGUCCUCGUCGGCCAGUCACUCUCCUUCCGGGUCACGGGCAGCGACCGCCGCACCUCCACCUCCUGGAACAUCAUCCCCGCCGGAUGGCAGUUCGGCCAGACCUUCACCGGCAAGAACUUCAGGGUUUGACUCCGGCAUUGACCGAGGGCUCAUUCUCUUUGGUUUUCAUAUAAGGGAAAGAAAUUAGGGUGUGAGACUGUGAUAGUUUUCUAAUUAAUUUGGGUUUAUUGUAAGGUGAGUUCAGAGGCAUAGAAAAGUAGCUGAAGUGGCUGCACAAACACGUGGUAGCCCGCAGCUUAUGAUAGUGCUCUAGGGUUUGAUAUAUAUACUUUCGAUAUGUGUACGUCUCGAUGACCCUAUAAUUAUAAUCAUAUGAUUUGAGAA